AGCACAGUCCACAGACAGCAACUGGAGCUACUCUCUAGAACAGGACGACCUCUAAGCUUUAAUCUUUCACAGAAAUUAUGUGCUGAUACUGCAGAAGAGAUUACGGCAACAAUGGAAUACCAGAUAUUAAGCACAUCUACCUGUCUGCUGGUCCUUCUGUUUUUCAUACCCACUGUCUUGGGUAUCUGUCCUUCUAACUGUACAUGCUCAGGAAACGACAGGAAUGUGGACUGUUCAGGCAGAAACUUAACUAUACUGCCACAUGGACUUCAAGACAACAUUACAUAUUUAAAUCUGUCCUUUAACCAGUUUGUAGAUCUCGAUCAUCAGCUAACGAGAUUCACCAAUCUGAGGACCCUUGAUAUUUCAAGUAAUUGGCUCAAGAACAUUGCUGCUCAUCUGCCCAAGUCCUUAUGGGAAUUAUAUGCCAUAAACAACAACAUUAAAGUUCUCCAGAAACUCGACACAGCUUACCAGUGGAAUCUUAAAGUGCUCGAUAUUUCCAGGAAUAUGGUGGAAAGAGCUGUUCUGAUCAACAACACCCUGAGCAGCCUCAAGUUUCUCAAUCUCAGUAGCAACAAACUUUGGACAGUUCCAACCAACAUGCCCUACAACAUAGAGACGGUGGAUCUGUCCAACAACUUCUUGUCUCAGAUACUUCCAGGAACACUGGUGAGACUACAGCACCUUACAAGCCUCUACCUACACAACAACAAGUUCACAUACAUUCCUGACAAAGCUUUUGACCAGCUCUUUCAGCUGCAAGUAGUAACUCUGUACAACAACCCCUGGUCCUGCAGCGAUGAACAAAAUAUUGCUUAUUUGCUGAAAUGGGUGCAGGGAACAGCUGCCAGUGUCCUCGGGGCUCCCUGUGCUAACCAGCCUGUGCUCUGGAUGGGUGCCACACCAACUUCAGCUGCUCCCACAGACUCCAGCCUCAUGAUUAAAGGAAUGAAGGGAGCAGACAAAGCUACUUCUCCAGUGCCAGCAGAACCAACCAAAAUGAUAAAGAUGCAUAAACAAUUUAAAGCUGCUAAGGAGGUCCCUACCUUGGGGACCUUAAGCCAAACCGUGCUGUUUACGAGCACAGACCGACCACUGCUCCUCUACCCAGAAGAUGUGACCACUGGGAAGGUCCGUUCCCAAGAAGCAGCAGCCACACACACAGUCCACAUCAAAGAUCCCACCGAGCUGAACUCAAGCCUGGCACAUUCAACAGGAUCCUCCACCACUCCUAUGACUUUAAGUAUUACCAGUGGCAUGCCAACAAACUACUCCAGAAUGCCUCAAAGCACAACGGCCACCCUAAGGAAAGAGGAAUCCACUACAAGUAUCCUGAAUACUCGUGUGCCCUCCACAGCAAGUGUCUGUGAGAUAUAUUUGGUUUCUGUUGCAAUGCUUAAUGCAGUGGCAAUGCUUAUUGGCUAA